AUGGCGUCGAUCACUUCUUGUUCUUCUGAUCAACGUCUUUCAACAAGCAAGAGACGUUUAAAACCAUUGAAGUUAAGAGAUUACUUACUUGAUGAUAUCAGUUCUUGUUCAUCCAACGGAUUAACCCAUCAUCGUAAACCGCGUCUCACUGGAAGAAGAAAAAGCCGUACAACAUGUGGAACGGCGUUUACUCACGCCGUUCAUAAAGCUUCGUCGACGUUUCUUAACGCUGUUAAACUGUUACCGUUUCCUUCUACCGUUAAACGUGAAGGCGUUUCCUCUAGAAGCUUCUCUAAACGGGUUUUAAGCAAAAGCUUUUGGAGAAAACCGGUGAGUCAAUCUCGCCGUCAAGUAACCGGAGACAGAGACGGAGAGAUCCAAUGGUGGAGAUCCGCCGCGUUUUCCCCCGACGACGAGAGUUUAGAUCAACCUUCCGAUCUGAUCUCUCAAAUCUCCACCACCGACGAAACAACAUUCUCGAUCUCUCCAUCUGCUGCGGUGAUCACGACGAUGGAGUUUGUUUCCGGUGAGUCGUCGAGUUCCGUAUCGAACGAAAACGAAGCCGUGGAAGACGGAGGAGAGAGUCUAAAGGCACGUGACGGAUCAUCUGUCAAACAGAACAGCCUGUGUAGUAGUAACAGAAAGCUUGAGCCACUUGACUUGGAGAAACGCAUAGAGAAGUAUGAAGAGAGACAAGAGUACACAUAUCACACGCUAGAAAUUGAAGAGGACGAAUCAGAAAAGCGUGCAAACCGCUUGUUUGCUAUUGUGAAGUCAAGAAUCGGCGAAACAAACAACCUACUAGCUUCAGAAGUAGCCGAUAAUUUAUUGUUAGAUUAUCUUCAAGAAGAUAAUGUUGGGGUAAAAGAGGAGACAUUAAUGGUGAAGAAAGUAGAAGAGUGGGUACUAGGGAAACAAGAAGAGAUGUUUAUGAGUUGGGAAGUUAGAGAGAAGAGAGAGGUUUAUGUGAAGGAAAUGAAAUGGGGUUGCAUUCAUGGAGAUGGGAGAGAGUAUGUGGUUGAAGAUUUCGCUAAUGGUUUUUUCACUUCCUUGGUGGAUGAAUUCAUUUCCGACUUGGCUUCUUAA